CCAGGGUUAGAAGUAUAAACUGUUUAACCACCUGUUUAUGGGUUAAAAUAUUCACCACACUUGACCAUUUGUCUAUUCUGAUCAUGAUCUUUUAAUAGCAACAAAAGGAUGUUUCCUCAUUCCAGAACAUUUCCUGCUUAGCUUGUUGGAUGUGGCAUCAAGGAAUCCACAGGGUUGGUAUUUAAUCACUGUGUUUGGGCAGAGCGACCAACACUUGCACCAUGACGCUGUCUCUGCUGCUGCUGCUGCUGCUGCUGCUGCUGCUGGGCAGCUCCCACACAUCUCAUUUUACCGGAACGGUCAUGACCUUCUACCCAAAAGACCGCAGCCCAGAUGGAUUGGUCACGGUCGUCCUUCGAUAUAAGAUGAACUUCCACUCGGGAGGUGGCGACACGUGGAGGUGCUUCAACGGGAGCUGUGGGAAUCAGAGUUCUUUGACACUGAACAGAGUGUCCCAGGAGAGCAGCGGGGACUGGCUCCAGGAUGAGGGAGUCAUGACUCGGCAGGUUCCCAACAGCGGUGCUUUUCAGCUGUGGUUGGACAGUGGUAACUGGAUAAAUAACAUCAGAAAUGGCAUCGUAUCAUGGAGAGCCAUGACGCUGGUCGAUCUGAGGAUCCGUUCCGACACCAGCAGAGCCAACGCGUCCCCUCAGACCACCAUCCUGCCAGUUGUGAGAGUUCCUUCAAACUGUCAGAGAGAUUUCAACCUGUUGGCGUUUGACCCUGAUGGAGACGAGGUCAAAUGUAGAUAUGGAAACACAUCGCUGUCAGAGUGUAACCCCUGCACGCCAGCGUCUGUCCUCCGCCUCUCACCGUCAUGUACUCUGUCAUUCAGCGCCACCAGCAGCAGUGAUGAAGGUCCGUACGCAGUCCAGCUGGUGAUGGAGGACUUUCCCCGACAGACGAUCACCCUGAACCAAGGCGAAGGGGGGCAGACAAACAUAACUACAAACAAUGCUAUCAGCCAAAUACCUGUCCAAUUUGUUCUACAGGUGGAUCCUGCGGUGCCAUCCUGCACAGAGGGACUCUAUUUGCCUACGUUCCUGCCUCCAACACCAGCCAACAGAGCUCGACUUUACACCCCCGUCAAUCAGACCCUGGACAUCAGCAUUAAAGCAGCUGCAAAUUUCUCCACGGUCUCUGAGCUGCUGUUCAGCGGGCCGCACAACAUGAACCAGACCAGAUCAGGACCAGGUCAGUUUACCCUGAGCUGGACGCCAUCUCAGAGCGAAGAGGGAGAGAGUCAACCCAUCUGCUUCAUUGUCCAAGCACUUUCCAAUUCAACAAAGUAUCACUCUGAGCAGCGAUGUGUCAUCGUCAGUGUUGGAAACGAUACAUCACCAAGCGCUGAACCAACUUCAGAGGGACCUACGCCAUCAGAGAGACCUACGCCAUCGUCCCAACAAAUUGUCAUUCGCUUGACGGCGAGGAUUACCUCUGCGUUGAAUCUGACUGAGGAAGACAUCAGGAGUACGGUCCUACAGCAGCUUAAAAACGAACUGGUGAGAUUCGGACUGCCACCCAGCACCAAUCUGACUUUACUGGGGAAGGUGUAACUGGAAAUUACAGCCACCGGUGACCCCUGCUGAUUCAGCGUGGUCACUAAUCCACUUGUGCACGAAAUCUAAGACAUUUUUAUUUUAAUCUAAAGGUUUAACUGGGGAAACAGGGUUUUGUUUUUAUCAAGGUCCAUUCAGUAGCUGUUCUUGGUCUUUCAAUGAUGUAUCCUGAUCUUCAUUAACAAAUGGAAUUGCCCUAGUGGACAUUGAUUGAACUGUAAAUGUUAAAAUUUCUUUACAGUGUUUAGACUUUAAACGAUCAUCACUAAUGUUUUAACAAAGUAAUGUUUCAGACUAUCCGUCAUAUUUCUAUCAGUCUGUUGCUUGACCUGUCUCUGGAAGUUCACCUGCUGAUGACAAGCUUUUUUUCCGGCUACCAAACUUGACCUUAAUGUUGUUUUGUGAAAAUAUAGAUUAUAUUUAACCUUUAAAAGGUCAUAGACUAAAACCAGAAUUACAAAAUAACAUUUCCUUGUUGCUAAAGACAUGGGCCAGGUUCUGGAUUUAAAUAAGUAAAUCCAACGACUCUACAUGCUGCACAUUUUACUGAAUUUCACUCAUGUUGUAAAUGACAGUUACAGAAUCCAAGGUUAAAGAUGCUAAUGUUUGUUUCAUUAAAACAUCAUUUGUUUAAUCUCAGCUUCGCCUCCUCAUU